AUGUCUUCUAACUGGAAAACCGUAAACAAAAUGCUGGAGCUCCCUCCUUUCCUAAUAAAAGACAAAAUGCACUCGUACUUGGACUUUCAGGCCUUUUGCAAGGCAAAUCCUCUUCCGAUCAGAUCUCUUUCAAUUCCCGACAAUAAGAAUCCAUCGGUAUCAUAUUCAGGUUCCGGCAAUGGAGAUACUGAACAAGAAACCAUUUAUUCCACAAAGUUUCCUCAUUCCCCCGAGAUACUUCCAAAAUUUGAUAUUAACUUUGCCACGCGAGGUUACUUAGACUAUCCCCGCGGAUUGUUGCCUUCGCAAUUCCAUUGUCAAGAGCAUAUCAUGGUGGAACCGAAAGGUAAACCUCACAAAGAGCACAUCAGAACUCGAAUGAAUAAGAAGCCCGGUAUACCGGUCGCCGUAAUAGAUAUCAAACCAUCUAUCGUCCCCGCACAUUUGCUGGGAAAUGGAUAUGGUAGGUUGGUGGAUCAGAAUUCUCUCAAGACUCGAAAAGAUCCAGAAACCAGCAGUGACGGUGGCUCGUGUUAUCGGACAGAAAAGGAAGAGGGGGAAAUAAACCACGAAGUCUCCGCUGCAAUGCACUCGAAAUCUUUGAAAAAAAAACGUAAACUGUCGGAAAAUCGCAUUGCCUAUCUAAAAAGGAAUAAAGCCCGGUAUAAGACACGAAAAAGACGCGAGAAGAGGUUGGCAAUGAAUGGUAAUGCAAAAAUAGAUGUUGAUGGAAUGUUAGCAUUCGCCACCUUUGAAAAACAUGAAUGUUGA